AUGACGCAAGACCUGGACCUAGACAAGGUCAUUUCUGGCCAAGACCCCGUUACUAGGAGCCUUGUGCCGGCCCACAUUGAGCCUGGCGUAUUGAUUCCGCUUAAGACGACGCUCGAACUUCGCGACGACCACCAGUGUGGUCAGGCUUUGAUCACCCGGUCCCCAAUCCGAUCAACAAGUGCUGUCAUUAGCCUCCUGCGCGACAUGCUUCCAGAGGAAAUUGUUAAGGGCAUGCCUCACCUGCGGCGCUGCGCAAAACCCGCCGACCUGCCGGCUCACUUGAAGUCGCAGUUUAUGAACGACAAUGCCACGAGCAAACAAAUCCAUACAGGAAAGUCAAACUGGGUUUACGUUCUGCUUGGCCUAGAGGCCACCAUUUCACAGCAGGAGAUGGCUGAAGCUCUGUCAAACGUCGAUGGAUUUGAGGAUGGAGUGUUUAUUGCUUCAAUCCCUGUGCCUCUUUUGGCACCGACAUCCCAAAUUCAGGCUGCUCUAUGGACCACACAAUUCUGGCCGACCAUGUAUCGGAAAAACAACCCGCUUGGUCCACACCCUAGCCUGGUGACCCGGGCCACCGAUGAGAUUGCCGAAGAUGCGCCUCUGUGGAUGGCGCUUGCCCAUGACAUUGCCUUAAAGGCUAAGGAGUCUGGACAAGGAGAGGCGUUGGGCGCCUGUAUCGUGUACAGAGGGAACGACGGGCCCCGACUCGUCGCAAUCGUUGGCGACGCUCGUUGGCAGCAGCAACCGAAAGGUUCUCAGACAGGCAACCCCAUGGCACACGCCGUUCUCCGUGCUAUCAGCAUGGUUGCCCAAAAGCUUGUUCGUGCUGAGAAGAGAAACCAGCGCAGAACGAGUGCAGCCACGAGCGAUGACAGCGCAGUUGUUCCAACAGAACGGGCCAAGGAAAAUGUAGCUCCAGUCAACGACCAGUACAAGAAGUUUCGUUCGCCAAGGGAGACUCCGGGAAUGGUGCAGUGCGCCGUCCAAGAUCGGGUGCGUGACCGUCUGAGCCGCAACAGGGACCGUGGGCACGUCGGCCACCGACAACGGCUUGCAUUCGAGCCCUUCCAGGAUAAGCCGACCCUGGAGGAAGAGGAGAAGAUUUUCAUGGAAGAGCAUCCCACCCCGGACGGCUACCUCUGCCAUGGUCUUGAGCUAUACGUUACCCAUGAACCGUGCGCCAUGUGUUCUAUGGCGAUUCUUCACUCGCGCAUGGGAAAGGUGGUCUUUGCCAACCGCAUGCCUCUUACUGGCGGUCUCAGUGCCGAGGAUCGUGCUCCAGCACCAAGUACACGUUGUGGUGGCCCAACAGCUAGGCAGACCCAGGAAGAGAAAAUUGAGCGCAGUGGAGAGGGCAUUUAUGGGCUGGGCCUGUUCUGGCGCCGCGAAUUGAACUGGAGUCUCCUGGCUUGGGAGGUUAUGGCACGACUCAACAUCAUGGACGAUAUGAAGCCGUGGAGACAUGACUUCAGCAGCUACUACAUCACGGGCGCCAUAAGGGUGCAUCAGCCACUGAAGCUGCCCGGUACAAACGACAGCAGUACAACAGGGGACACGAAAUUGAAGAAGCGCGUCAUUGACGAAGCUGAAGACGACGACAACAACGUUGUCUGUCGUCUUCUGCGUCUUCUCGUACGAGUAACGCGCCGUGGCGACAGCUUCUCGUGGCCGAACAUACACCGAUUAGCACUAGAAAGCACGAACAGCAUCGCCAGUAUGCCUCCUGCCAAAAUGAAGGCGGCCACGAUCGCUGCAGCUGCAGCUCAUUCUGCCACGGCCUCGACAUCGUCCACUGGCACGGCAAUCUCCACAACGUCAGGAAGAAAACGGAAGAUGGACGAGAAAAACGUACAAAAGUACUACGCCGUACGAGCUGGCGUGCGGCCGGGGAUUUAUUUGACGUGGCACGAGUGUCAAGCACAGAUCGCUGGCUUCAAGGGUGCACAAUGUAAGAGUCAUGUCCCCGAUGCGGCCAGAUCGGUGAACGCUUUUGUACUCUCCAAGACGCUUACGUUUGCCCUCUUCCUACCGCCAGACAAGAGUUUCAUCAGCCGCGAAGACGCGGCAGCAUUUGUUGACGGGAAGAACCCAGAAGGCGGUGCGAAGGACAAGGGCGAACCCCGAUUCUAUGCCGUGGUGGUUGGCAACCAGUCGGGCAUCUAUACAGACUGGGAGGCGGCGUCACGGGCCAUCAGGGGAGCCAAGGGCCCCAAGUACAAGAAGUUUCCCUCACGAGCAGAGGCAGCAAACUUCAUCCGCAUGUACGGCAGCGUGGCCACACGGCAGGCUCUAAGUGGUCCCGGCACGGCGAGCAACGGCACCGACGUAGCCAGCGAGGAGGAAGAGGAGGAAGAUAACGAGGAGGAGGAGGAGGAAGAGGAGGAAGAGGAGGACGAUGCGGCACAGAUUCUGCAGCCGCCAGCGAAGCGGACGAAGGCGGGCAACGCAGCUGUGGCGGUGUCGUCGGCAGCAGUCCUGAAUAUAUACACGGAUGGCAGCAGCCUGGGCAACGGGAAGCAUGGGGCGUUGGCCGGAAUUGGCGUGUUUUUUGGCCAUGGCGACAAGAGGAACAUCUCAGAGCGGCUGAAAGGCGAGCCACAGACGAAUCAACGGGCAGAGCUGACGGCGAUUAUGCGAGCGCUACAGGCGGUGCCAGUGUCACAGCCGGUACGGAUCUUCUCGGACAGCACAUACGCCAUCAACUGUGUGAGCGAAUGGUACAAGAGCUGGGCGUCCAACGGAUGGAAGACGCGGGGCGGUGACCCGGUCAUGAACCAGGACCUCAUCCGGGCAGUGCGGACAUGUAUCGACGCACGUGACAAGGCGAGCACGGCGACCAUGUUUCGGUGGGUGAAGGGACACAGCAGCGACUCGGGCAACGUGGCGGCGGACCUGCUGGCGAACCAGGGGGCGCGGCGAACAUAG